GUUCUGUCUACAUUGUUUGAGGGAAGGGAUAGCACUCUUGAAUUCUGCUGUAACCUGUUAUCGCCACAGAAAUUUGCUAUCUUGGCUGGGUGUAAAACCACCACCUCUGCUGUCAUGGUUCACUGCCUGCGCCAGAAGACAGAGGAGGAACUCUUGGAGACAUCGCUGAAGAUGAAAUUCGUCGGUCUAGAUUUACUUGGAGACCCCAGAGAGAGCUAUCCCUUCCUGCCCAUUGUGGUUGAUGGGAUGCUGUUGCCAAAGACACCUGAAGAGAUUAUGGCAGAAAAGAAAUUCAACACCGUCCCCUACAUUGUUGGAAUCAACAAGCAAGAGUUUGGCUGGAUUAUUCCAAAAUUGAUGGGCUACCCACUCUCUGAAGGUAAACUGGACCAGAAGACAGCUGCAUCGCUCUUGUGGAAGUCCUACCCCCUUGUUGCCAUCCCUGAGGAACUGACUCCGGUGAUCACUGAGAAGUACUUAGGUGGGACAGAUGACCCUGUCAAAAAGAAAGACCUGUUCCUGGACAUGCUUGGAGAUGCAGCAUUUGGUGUUCCAUCUGUGAUUGUGGCACGUCGUCACAGGGAUGCUGGAGGCCCCACCUACGUGUAUGAGUUUCAGUAUCGCCCAAGCUUCUCACCAGAGAUGAAACCCAAGACGGUGAUAGGAGAUCACGGGGACGAGCUCUUCUCAGUCUUCGGGGCCCCGUUUUUAAAAGAGAGUGGCACAGAAGAGGAGGUCAAACUCAGCAAGAUGGUGAUGAAACUGUGGGCCAACUUUGCUCGGAAUGGGGACCCCAAUGGAGAGGGGCUGCCCCAUUGGCCAGCAUAUGACCAGAAGGAAGGGUACUUGGAGAUUGGCAUCUCCACUAAGGCAUCCCAGAAGCUGAAAGACAAGGAGGUGGCUUUCUGGACUGAGGUCCUGGCCAAGAAGGCAGCAGAGAAUCCAGCGCAGACAGAGCACAUUGAGCUAUGAACAGAGGGCCAACUGGGUACUCUACAUGGGCAUUCUACAGAAGGCACUUAUAGCUCAAAGAGGCUUCUUAUUGUGGAGGCUGAAGAAUUGUCUGGUGGGAUGGAGAAUUUUGUACCGAUUGCCUCAAAUUUGGGAAUAAAUGUUUUGGAGAUGAAGCCAGUGUCUGUGUCUUGGUCUGGAGAUUAAACUUUCCUCCUUAGAGAGAAUGAGUUCCCUGGAUGGUGCAAAUGGUUUGUGCUUGACUACUAACUGAAAGGUUGGCAGUUCAAACCCACCCAGCAGUGCUGCUGAAGAAAGAAGAAUGGCGUGGUGAUCUGCUUCCGUAAAUAUUACAGUCAAGAAAACCCUAUAGAGCUUGGGCCUACACUGUAACAAAUGAGGUCCCCAUGAGUUGGAGUCAAAGGCAAUGGGUUUGUUUUGGGUUUUUUCCUUAGAGUGACUGCACCAUGAGCAGGAAGGUGCUCUACUGGGGAUGGCUGGGCCUCUGGGCAAGCAGGAAGCAGCAGGCUGAGUUCUGGGAGCUGCUGAGGGGGCCCUAGGUCUGCACCAUCUCUCUGGGUCCUCAACAACUUCCAACAGCUGGAUUUGGGAUGGUCCGAGUAGAGCACCCCUCUUUUCAGUGUGGAGCUACCCAUGGAGGUGGAGGUGACACAGGCUGAGUGUGUCCCUGGAGUGAGGUAGGAGGGAGAGAGAGGUGCCAUGGUGACCCUGUGGCACUGCUGCACGGCCUUACCGACCAUUCCACAGCGCUGUGACACCUUCAAUAUGCACGGUACUCUCCCAGGCCCUCCCCAAGGCUACCUCCUCCAGCAGCUGGUCUGUAGCCUCUGUAGCCUGGACUAC